GAGAGAAACGGAAUAAUUGAGAUCGUGCGAGCUUAGCGUGAUGUCAUUGUUGAUGCGGAACGGGAACUGACGAUCACAUUUGAUGUGUUUGUCAAACUAAGAGUAAGAGCAUCAUACUUGGAGAUUUUGGAAGAUCUACAUCACACCCUAAUGGAGCUACUGCUUGUGUGUACUUUGAUUUUAUCAUGUUUGAUAAUUCAAAGUCAUUCCAGUACACCUAUCAUUGCUACUCUACCUCCUGAAGUUGCCGGAGUGGAGAAAGUUUAUUCUAACCCUGGUACCAUGGGUUUUCGUAUUCUACAGAGUGAAUCAGACAGUGCCCUCAUCGGAGGAAGAGAAAUGCUUCUCACAUUAAAUCAUAAUGAUCCAAAUAAUCUUCAUAAAAGUGUUGAAGAAUUCAAAACUUGUGACAAUGGCGAUGCAUUUAUUCAGUGUCGAACUCGUACAACAUUUAAAAAGGAUAGAGACUGUUAUAACUUCAUAAGGAUAGCAGAGGUAAUCUCCAACAACAUGCUACUGGUGUGUGGAACUAACGCCCUCAAUCCAAGAUGUUAUAACUGUAAUCUCACAAGAAACAGUGCUGGUAUGCAAGAAGUGAUUUGUCCAGGUCCCAGAGGUGACGGGACAUGUCAAUUCAGUAGAUCACGGCCCCUUGGGACAGUGGAUGGUACCGGUAUUGCACCAAAGCACUGGGAACUUAAUGCUACUUCACAAUACUCAGAUGGUCAGUUAUUCUUAGGAGUUUCCCAAAGUCAUGGUAAAUCAGAGACAACCAUCUCUCGGGUUGAUGUGUAUCCAGAUAGUGGAUUCACAAAUCGACUUGAUACUACAUCUUACUUCUCAAGAUCAGUCAAUGAGGCUGAUUUUGUUGGUAAGCCAUUGGUAAUUGGAGAUCGAGUGUACUACUUCUAUCGAGAGCUGGCUGUUGAACAUGUUAAUCAAGGCAAACUAGUAUACAGUAGGGUGGCAAGAGUUUGUAAGGGUGAUAAUGGAAUCGACAACUUUUGGUCCAGUUUUCAGAAAGCAAGAUUAAGCUGUUCGAUUCCAGGGGAAUUUCCUUUAUAUUUUAAUGAUUUACAGGAUAUCUUUGUUGAAGACAGAGGAUCAGAUCACUACAUUCAUGCAGUAUUUGCUGGUGUGCCUAAUGGCCCACAGAGCUCAGCAGUAUGUGUGUUUCUCCUGUCAGAAAUAAAUGAAAUCUUUGAUACAAGUAAUUUCAAAGGACCAGCCUCUUCAGAUAGUAUCUGGCUUUCCAGACCAAGUAGAGAAAUUCCUGUUCCAAGACCAGGUUUAGAUUGCAAUAAUCCAACUCAAGACAUUAGAUACAUCAGACAGUAUCCAUUGAUGCAGGAUGAUGCUUCUAGUAUUCCUUUAUUCAUAGUUGAUUACACUCGGUUUACUUCCAUCGUUAUGGAUUCAGUGGCUCCUGGAAACAUAUACUAUAUCGGAACAGAAUCUGGCUCUGUACUGAAAGCGUAUUAUAAUGGAACUGAAUUCAACGUUUAUGAAGUAACUGUGACGGAUAACAAGCAACCUGUGGUGGGUCUACAGCUAGCCGGUGAUAUCACAAACCGUCACAUUAUAGUUGUAUCUGAUAAUGCCGUAUACAGGGUACCAUUACAUAACUGUGCUACUAACUGUGAAAGGAGAUGUUCUGAAUUGAUGUAUGGAUACUGCCGAUGGGAAGGGGGCUGCUGUAAAAGCUAUGGUGAAACGACAUGCAGUGAGAACCCGAUUGAUGUUUAUGUAACCAUGGAGCCAAGUCAGUCCAUGACAGUAUGUGAGAAUGAGAUAAUCCAGCUAGUCUGCCACGCCCAGACCGCACCAUUUUGUCAACCAAUUACUCUAGACUGGACUAUGGGCGGAGGUCAAUCCAUCAAUGACAUGGGUCAUCUUAUUAGUUUAGAUCAGCUUUAUGACUACCCACUCCACAAGCUGAGUGCUCUGACCGUUCAGUCGGCUAUCACUGGGAAUACAACCACCCUGGAAUGCACAGCUCAGACCACUAUUGAUGGACAGGCUUAUAGUGUCACAAAGGCAACCACUAUUAACAUUAAGAAUUGCAUCACCCAAGCAUCUCUAGAGAGAAGAUAUAACCUUCAUCAACAACUGAAAGAAGAAAAUACCAUGAGCAUGAGUUGUGAUGCUUACAUAUUUGACUGUGCUAACUGUGCCAGCUUCCCAUGAAUUGCCAUAGCAGUAUGAGAUAAGAGCCCCAGGAUUGGACUUCAAAUGACUUGUAAAUGAACUAGAAACGAUAACUGCAACAUCAUACCUUCUAUCUCUGAAUGAAAAAAAAUCUUCAGCUGUUCUGUGCAUUUAUUUAUUUGUAGUUUACGUUUAUAUAGAAUAGAGAAACUUUUAUACUGCAUUUAUCUUAGGGGGUAAAACUAUUGUUUAAACAUUUGUUUAUGUUUCUGUCCAGUCCAACUAUAAAGAGUUAUCUAUAUUUCAAUUUGUUUUAUAUAAUUUGUUUUGAUAAAGAGAUUGAAAUGCUCAAAAGUUAUGUGUAUUUGAUGAUGAGGAAAGGAGACGAGCACGUUUUAGAUAGGGCUGUUGAAUUGGAGGUGGACACCUUGAGGAGGAGGAGACAGCCUCCAUGGAAGAAGCAAGAUAAGGAGACUAAGAUGGUUUGGUUGAGGAUGGGGGAUGUAUUGCAUCAGGCAAAAUGGAGGGAUGUGUUAACAGUGGCCACCCCCAUUCACACCAUAGUAGAUUUAUUUCUACAUUUACGCAAUCAUAGUUUAAUUCUUCUGGCAUUGCUAUUGCUUUGUUCCUUUACUAUGAUAACUAGGAAUGCAUUUUUUUUAUCAUGACAUUUAUUUUUCUUGCCAUGUUUCUUGUCAUGUUUUUGACAGUAUUACCUAUAUGUUAUUUAUUUCCUUCAAAAUUGUGUAGAUUAUCACUCACUGUGACAACUUGAGAUAACUCUUUGCCAUAGUAACUCAACAACUUGUUGCACUCUUGCCGAGGAUGAUGAGUUCAAAUAUUGACCAACAAAUACAUUUAUGUGUAUUAUCUAUCAGCUCAAACUUACAAGAAUUUGUUUUCUUUACAUCUCUUGUAAGAAAAAAUAAAGAACUGCGCCUGUGAAUACUUAUUUUGGGUAAUUUGGACAAAUUACUGCAAAAUACUGUAGUACUGACAGUACUUUUUUGCGAGGGAUGUGUGUGUUUUCUGUCAUAAUCUAGCAUUGUUUAAAAAAGCCUGGUGUAGUCUUUCCACUAGAAUCUAAUGCAUUGCAUAUGGAUGAGUUAAUCUUGAGGUCCAGAAUGAUUGAAAUUGCUUCUAAGAAGAGGGGUCAUUUCACUGUCCCAAUCCAAUAAUUAAUCAGAUCAAUUUUAUAACCCUUAAAAUGAAAUAGAUUUCAGUUUUAUGGCUGAAAAAUUAAUUUUGUACUUAGAUGGUAAUCCAGAUUAAGUAGUACUCAAUCAAUUCAUAUUCUCUCAUUUUUCUAAAACAAUGUUAGGUGGGGGAGAUGAUCGCUAUCAGACUCUAUAUCACUGACACAUAAUGAUCAUAAUGUUCAAAACUGCAAUGUUUUACCCAUACUUGUGAUAGAAUGCCAAACUAUGUUUCACAGGGUUUCUUAGAAUUUGUUAAUAUGUUAUGGGCUUUAAUAUUAGACUGAUGGUAUCAUGAAUGUUUUUAUAUCUGCUCUGUUAAAAGUUCCAUUAUUUAUCUGUAUUAUGUUUCUGACCAUGAUUAUGUAUGUUUUACCUUUAACAUUCUGUAUGUUUUUUUUAAUUGUGCUCGGUGCGCAUCAGAUUUUUGUUGUCAUUGACAAGAAAAACAUUAUGGACCAGGGAGGCUUGAUAGACUUGGAAAAAAAUCAGUGAAUAUGGUCAAAAUUUUCAUGGACCAAACUUAAUAUUUUAAUCAUGCUGAAUUAUUUUUAUGGAUCGUGAGAUAUAUACAUGUAACCAUGUCCUUUUAACACACAUUAGUAAGUAUUUAUGAUUUUCUUUAACUUUCUAUUGAUCUGUGAGUUCUUCUCAGAGUGCCAUACACAAUUGCACAUUAAUCUCGAGAUGGUUAUUUGGAAAGGGUCAGUAUCACAAUUUUGAAGGCUUGUUUUCUGAACUCGGGUUUAACUUAGACCAUGGUCUAAAUCUGUGCUAAAAUUAUGGGAAGCCAAACAUGUCAAAAUGUUGUUUACAUGGAAUGCUUCUCAUGUUCACUGUGCUCUGUCCUAAUUAUUUAAUAGUGAAGACAAUUAUCUAAUUUAUCCUACCCAGAUAGUUCAAAAUGAUUUGAGAAUCAAAUGAGCUGAUUUGUUUAAUCCUUUACUUUUAGAGAUUUAUUUCACUAUGGGCUAUCCAUCGUUAAACCACAACCUUCGACCAGAGUUUAAAUUAAACCCGACUUCAGAAUACGAGCAAUCAAGUCAAUAUUAUAGAGUCUUGGAUAGCUUGAGCAAUGCAGGCAAUCUAAUUGGUCAGAUAAUACCAUGUGACUGGAAACUGUUGUCCUGUCCUACAUUGGCUAGGUGUACAGUAUUCAUCAAUUGGUGACACCCAAGAUAUGAUGUUUUCUGACUAUGCAUCCCUGUCUGUUUCAAGUACAAAUACCUGAGAUAAUGGACCAUCUGUAGGUUAGGGGAAGUCCAUUUGGUCUCAAGGGACUUCCCCUAAUCUAUGCACAAACUUCACUUGAUUGCUUGGACCAGCUUAAUUUGUAUGUCAGUAUAUUUGUAGAAGUAAAAUAAUAGAUGAAAGACAUGGUGUCAAGAUGAGUAGUUGUGCUAUGUAAAUAUACCUUGUACAUGAAUAUAAAUUUAGUGUACAUAAAAACAUAGGAAUAUGACAUGAUUUAUCAUGACUUGUAAGAAUUGUACUCUGUAUUGUUCGUCUGCAUGUUGUAGUGUAUGUGUACUAUAUAUCUUCAUGUGUCCAAUAUAAUGUAUUUAUGCUCUUUGUCUGUUGUAAUCUACUUCUGUGUGAAUGGGUCCUUUCUAUGCAAUGCCAGUGGUAUAUUCUGCUACCGAUGUCUAAUUAAGAUAUGAUUGUGAAUUCAAAGAAAUAGAUCACAAAUAGAUUUUAUCACUUGCAGGCGUUGAUAAUACAAGUGAAAAAGAUGGCAAUUACACAUUCAUCACUGAAAUUUGGAUAAAUUAAAUCUCAUGCCUAUUCUACUUCAUGGCCAUAAAGAAAUGUUCAAAGAUUAUAAAUGUUUUUGGUUGUUUUUGCACUUGUAUUACUAUUAUGCUUGUUUAGGAAAUGUUACGGAAAUGUGGAAAUGCCAAAUUAAUGUAGUAUCUGCAUUUCAAGAGAGCGACAACUCAUAUUUUGUCUGCAUUUUCAUCUCCUAUGUCUUGGUUAAAAAUUAUUGAUUACUGUACAAUGUAGAUUGUGAAUUAGAAAUUGAUUAUUAAUCUUAGAAACUUACUGCAAACUUGGUGCUAGUAGUAAUAAUCAUGCCAUAGUAUUUAAGUAAAUGCAUGCUAAUAUAUUGUUAUAUAAUAAUACCUGUAUACGUAUGAUAAUGAAGUUUAAUGUUUAUUGUGCCUUUCAUUACUGAAGUGGCAUUGGUCAAAGUUCUUCUCCUUAUUGUUUGCUUACAUUGUAUGUGGAUCUUCCUAACAUUAACUGAUAAUCAUGAUAGUAAUAAUGUUAGUUUUAAUGUGUUGUCACAAAAGAGUAGCAUUAGUAGCCAGUAAGAUGCGUUUUUCUACAUAUCCACGUAUAUUGAUGUAAUUUUCUGUAGAAACUCAUGGGAAAAUUCAAAAGGUUUAAGAAUUUGUGAAAGGGAAAUAAUGUGUGCCAUAUACAUGUAUGCUCAAAAUGUGUCAAUAAAUUGUUUCUAUUUGUAGUAAGGAUUCUUAUAAGCAGCUUUCUUGUAGAAAUAAACUCUUAUUUUGAUAGGAGUUGUGUGAAAAUGUGGAUAAUUUUCAUGUUUCUUAGAACAUGUUUGUAUCAAAUUGAAUUUAUCAAUUUUCUACAACAAAAAAAAAUGAAUUGAAAUUGUGUGCAUGUGAAUAUCAUAAAAGGGCAGAUUACAGAAGUAUAGUAACGUAUCAAUGUUAUCCCUUUCCAAACAAAUAAAAUAUCUAUGACUGUCUUUUAAAAGCUUUGGACUGUCUCUGUAAAUAUUUAUGCAAUUUGAUAAGCCAUACCAUUACCAAAUACAUAGAAUGUGAUGAUGAAUGCUGUCUAUCUAAUGAAAGGAAGCAAAAAAUAAAAGAAAACGUUCCUUUAAGAGUAAAAUGUAUUGGUAAUUUACAUUAAAUGAAAUAUUGCCAGACAUAUAUCUCUUUGCAGGAUGAAUGGACAACUUUGGCAAAUAUUAUUUAGCGAAGAAUAUGAAAAUAAUUUAAAAUUCUGUUGAUAUGAUGUAUUUUUUUUAGUGCAGCAUACCUAUACACAAAGAAAACAAAUAUGUGCAGACUGAAGACUGAUAUUAUGUGUAUUGAGGGACAAAUAUUUAAGCUUUUUGUAUUGACUUGAAAAUCAUUUUCUUUGUCUUAGGAAUACAAAAUUGGCCAAAGGUUUUUCAAGGUUAUGAUCAUGUUUCGUAUGUAAUCUGUACAUACAUUAGAAAAUAUAGUUAUAUUUCAUGGUAUUUUGAUAAUUAUUUAUCAUUAUGUUGACACUUACAUCUCAAUAGGGUAGCAUGAGUCAUGACAGCUUGAAUAUUCUCAAAAGAUACACGUAAAGGAAAUGAACUACCAUGUUAACUUCUCAUGAAACCUUUAUUUAAUACAAUAUAACUGUAGGUAUAUCAAAUUGAUGGAGUAAUUCUUUUUAAUCAAUAUCAGGCCCAAAAUGCUUGCCUGUUCAUUUAUGUUAUUUCACAUUGAUUUCCAAUCUUAUAAAAGAAAUCUUCAAUUUGUUUUUAUUGCACAUAGAAUUCCUGUUAUACACUGUACUAAUUGUAAAAAAUGUUAAUCUAAAUUUAAAUGGAUAAUCGUCAGAGAUUAUUGAAUAAAUGAUUUAGAUCAAUCAGAAUAUGAGAGAGUAACUCCUCACCUUUUCCUAGAUACAUUACUUGUAUCUCUAACACCAUUCACAACUCAAGUAAUUGAUGUUGAAGUCAUCAGGCUUAAAUUUCAUUUUUUUCAAGUUCUCGCAAGCUUAAGCUAUGUUGAGAUGAAAUUUUCACUGUAGCCUUUCUUUGUCAAGGGUCAUGGGAAUUUUUAAAAGCCCUUUUUAGUCUUUGUUCAUGAAUGUAAAGCUGAAUAGUUUGGGUUUUUUUUACUAAUGAUUAGCUUUCAUUCACUUUACUGAUUUUACCAAAACUUUGACAAAUGGAUUCUGUAGCUGUUGUCUGUUAGAUGUAUUCAUCUGUGUGUCAGUGGUAAAAGGCAUCAAUAAAAUGCUGAAGAGUUGCUCUUUCUUAAUCUGGCAAAUUGAAAUUAGAGUAAUGAAUUAUCUUUUAAUAUUGGCCGUCUAACUUGAGAUUCAUUUUGAUACCCACUCCGUGUGUAGGACAUAGCAUAUUACCAAGCCAAAGAAUCCAAGCAGUAUUUCAUGCAAACCCUGUCAGUUAUCCAUAUCGAUGUGAUUUUAAUCAAAGCAAGCCUCAUUUCAAAGCAGAGGCAGCCAUCUUCAUAACAUUUAUGUAAGAAUUGAAUAUAGAAAGCAUGCUAAAAGCGAGAGACGAGCUUGGCGGUAUUGACACAUUAGUAUUGAUAAUCAUUUGCUGUUCACAGUAUUUGUUGUUCGAGAUGUCGGCUAGUUACUACUAACUUGUGCUAUGUUAUGCCAAUGUAAAAAGAAUAUCUUACAAUCGAUUAUAACUCUUUGGUACAAGGUUUGACUAUUAAAGAUUGAUAUUAAUUGUAUCUUUGAUAUCACAGGACAAUAGGUUUAAAAACGGUAGUGCAUAAUUUUAUCAAGAGUCCUAAGGAGGGUUUUAUUAAAUUGUCCUUUAUGAAUGAAAAUGACUAUCAACAAUUAUUUUCAUAUUAUAUGACACCUAGAUAGAUCGUCAUUUGAUUGGUUGUUUGAUAUCGAUCAUUCAGCCCAUUUACAAUGACAUCAUCAAACGUGCAAUUUUGGAUCCAUUCAUCAUGCAAUUAUGGAUCCAUACGAUUUUGUCCAUUGCACACGUGCACAGAGACUGCAGGCCAUGCUGCAGGCACCACUCGUGUUUGCAGCGCGCAUGUUUUAUGUACGCGACAAUCAACAGACCAAGCUCGCAUCGCAUGAGCGUAUUUUGCAUCAAAAUUUUAUAUGAAAAAGAAUCUAUUUUGGGGUGUCAUAUAAACCAAAUAAUGAAUGUUUUUCUCUUCAUUCGUGAAAUGGACCGAAUACUUAAUUCCGUGAAAGAUGAAAUGAAUGAUCUAUUCAAAUUGGCUAUGCCUCUUUGAAUGGAUCAUGUCAUCUUUCACCUCAUAAAGUAUUCUGUCCAUUUCACUCAUAAACAUUCAUUAUUUUCAUAAGAGACCAAGGAACGCAUAUACUUCCAAUGCAGUGUGAGUGACUAUGUUCUUCAACUAUUCUUCAGAUAUCAAUGCUAACUCUUUUAUGCAUACAUUGUAAGGCCAGUGCAAUGCUAACAGUUUUGAAUAAAUAAUAAAGAAAGGCAUAUGAUAUUAUAAA